AUGUCCCAAGGAGGUGCAUGGUUCAUCGUUCCGGUACCAAAGAAGACUGCGCAGGCGGUUGUCGACUCGGUCUUCCCUUCGGGCACGGUCGUACUAGCAGAUGUGCCGACCGCAAAUACCGCCCUCUUUCCUUCCGGCUUCGACAGCAAUAGCCAUCCCGUCCUAGUCUACGGUGGCUACGUGGCCGAUAUCCGCAUGGCGUCUUUCGAGAUCGAUGGCGAUUAUGUCUCUGGCUCCCUCUACGUGCCGCACGUCAGGCGGCCGAACAGCGCUGCAGGCACAAUCCUAUCGGCACCCAUCUCGAACUACCUCAGCGGUGUCAACGGGAACACUAUAGCUGGACUAAUACCCUCUCUAGUCUCGACACUUGUCGAGGGUUACAGUUCAAGGCUUGGCAAAUUCACCCCCGCCGCAGCCGCUUGCCAGGUCAACAGCAACGACGUGCUGAGCAAUAAUGUCGCUUGGUGGGGUUUACCGAACCCAAUCUCGGGCCCAGGUAUCUACCCCGAAGCCUACGACUUCCAAUACCUGAAGAAAGCCUCCUUUACGAAAUAUACAGAGAGGCUUCUCAAGACGGUCCUGAACCAGCCAGAAAUCCUUGCCGGAGCAUACCUGUUGAAUAACACUUGCCAGCGAAACCAGUUCUAUUACAAUAACGCCACCAGUAACAUGACCCCGGUUUCCGGUAAUGUCACCUUCGGAUCCGCGGCAGAUGGCGCCACUGUACAGAUGUCUGGUGUCUUGCAAAGUGCAGUGGGUGGCAGGUUCUAUGCAGACAACGAAGGCUUCACUGGUUGUGGGCGAAACGUCGGCUUCAACCCCGAGGACUGUGAUCAAGCUGCCAAGGAAGUCGAUCAGAUGGCUCUGUAG